GUUGAGUUAGGCCUAGUAUGUAAAGCGGGUGGGGCAGCAGCCUAGCUUGAGAGAGUGGGCUACACGGGAAAUAAUCUCAUAGAACUCUCGCCCGGACGCCAUCCAAAACAUCUCGUGAAAAGUUAUGCAGAAUUUAGCCUAUUUAGUUCCGUACCAGCCACAACAGAUGCGUUUGAGCUCAGAUUUUUUACUGGAAAGGUCAAAUGCGUGCUAAUAUAUGUGGAAGAGGUAGCCUGCGACGUGAUUUUGAUGCGUACGAGCAAUAGGCUACAUUCAACUGACAGACGGUACGAAACUUGAUCAAAGUUUCAACUAUUGGUCGUUCGGCUGUAAAUUUGCCACAUUAAUGACUAAUACUGUGAAGCUGGGAUUUAUCGAAGUUUGAGUGGCGUUUCAGCUCCGCUUUCUCGGUGAAUAAUCGCGAAUGUAAGAGAAUCUUUGUUUAUUAGUUAUUGAGUAUGCUGCCAUGAGGGUGGUCUAGCGUAUCUCUUAGCCACUUUGCUUUGUGUUGUCUGUCCGUCCAGUUUUUUUUGACGGUCUACGCUAUUCUGCAGACUGGUGAAGAAUCGGGGUGCAAUGUUAGACCGAUGCGGACGCUUUUCUCCUGGAUUAUUCAAAUGGAUUAUUUUCCCUUUGUGGUUGUCACUUAUUAGUAACUUCGAGGCAUUUGCUCAAGAUGACUCCUUCAACGCGGAGUCCUGGCUACGGAAGUAUGGCUACUUGUCCGAGGCUAGCCAGCAGAUGUCCACCAUGCAGUCUGCACAGAUCCUCUUGAAUGCCGUCAGUGAAAUGCAGCGUUUUUAUGGCCUGGAGGUUACUGGAGUGAUGGACCAGACUACCCUUAAUGCUAUGAAGAGGCCUCGUUGUGGUGUGCGCGAUCGUUUUGUGCAGCCAGAUGGAGCAAACGUGAGAAGAAAGCGCUUCGUACUCACUGGCCAAAAAUGGGAUAAGGAUAAAUUAACUUACAGUCUUCUUAACCACACACCCAAAAUUGGAAAGCAGAGGUCAUUUGAGGCAAUUCGUAAGGCUUUUAAGGUGUGGGAAAGGGUGAUACCACUUCAUUUUGACGAGAUCCCUCACCAGGAUAUAAAAAAUGGCAGCCAAGGAGAGCCAGACAUAUUGGUGCUGUUUGCCUCAGGAUUCCAUGGUGAUAUGUCUCUCUUUGAUGGAGAGGGAGGGUCCCUUGCUCACGCCUUCUACCCAGGCCCAGGUAUGGGUGGAGACACACACUUUGACCUAGAUGAGCCCUGGACCCUUGGUAACCACAAUGAGCAAGGUGUUGAUCUUUUUCUGGUGGCGGUCCAUGAGCUAGGUCAUGCUCUCGGUCUGGAACAUUCUAAUAACCCCUCAGCCAUCAUGGCUCCUUUCUAUCAGUGGAUGAAGACAGAUGAGUUUUCUCUCCAUGAGGAUGAUCUGGAUGGAAUUCAUGAAAUUUAUGGACAUCCAGUGCAUGACCCGACCCUGGCCAUCCCUACUCCAUCAUAUGACUUGGACCCAGACAUCAUCUCUACUGUUGCUGACCGCAUCACCCCAAAACCCAGACCAAGACCUACCAGACCCUGGGUCCCGCCUGCAGCUCCCACUAGAAGGACCUACCGACCGCGUCCAACAGAGCGGUCUGGUGGAGCACCCCCCAAUAUCUGCGAUGGGAACUUUGACACAGUUACUAUGCUGCGGGGCGAGAUGUUUGUUUUUAAGGGUCGCUGGUUCUGGAGGGUCCGAAGAAACAAGGUUCAGGACAAUUACCCAAUGCCUAUUUCACUCUUUUGGACGGGUCUGCCAGAUAACAUCGAUGCCGCCUAUGAACGUCAUGAUGGAAAAUUUGUCUUUUUCAAAGGGAGUCAGUACUGGGUGUUUCGAGAGGCUGAUGUGGAGCCAGGGUAUCCACAGGAGCUCUUUCGGUAUGGCAAGGAUAUUCCCACUGACAGAAUUGACACAGCCAUUUGGUGGGAGCCAGCAGGCCACACAUAUUUCUUCAGAGGAGAUCAGUAUUGGCGCUUCAAGGAAGAAACCCGCACUGUAGACACAGGCUACCCUAAACCAGUGAGCGUAUGGAAUGGUGUUCCUGCUUUCAUCAAAGGAGCCUUUCUCAGUGAAGAUGGAGCAUACACUUACUUCUACAAAGGCACUGAAUACUGGAGACUUGACAACGUGAAGCUGAGAGUGGACACAGGAUACCCCAGAUCUAUUGUCAACGACUUCAUGGGCUGCACGGUGGAUUGGAGCCCAGAUACGGACACAGAGACAGACCAGAAAAAGACCGAAUCAAACCCAGAUGGGGGCGCACGUGCCGAUGAAGAUCCCACAGUCAAGGGAGAUCCAAAUCACGAUGAUAGAGAGGAGAAGGAUGAAGACAAUAAGGAGAUAGAUGUUGUAGUGAAGGUCAACGAGGGGGAUGAUCAUGUCAUAACCCUAGUUCUGAUAACUGUCCCCUUGGUCCUUAUCCUGUGCAUCCUGGGCGUUAUCUAUGUCAUCAUCACCACUCUUCAGAACAAGGAGACUCCAAAGCUGCUGGUUCACUGCAAACGAUCCCUGCAGGACUGGGUUUGAUCUCCUUUGUAGAGCAGUUGAUCUAAACCUCUUUCAUCCUAACAUACAGCACUGCACUCACCAACACGCCUCACACUCGUGUCACUCAACACACUCAAAUCAACACAUGCAUAGAGGUUUCACAGCAGUAUGGCUCCUGCCCCUUCUCUGACCAUGGUGCUUAACCCUUUCUUAGAUAUGGUAAAAGAGACUAUUUGCACUUUUAUGUACUUGAGUGUAUAUGUUCAGGGGAUGUUCGUGUUGUGGUCAUCUGCUCUCAAGGUAUACCUGUGUGUCCCUCCUCCACUGAGCUUAGGCUCACCUGCCUUGAACUGAAAGAAUGUCAUGCCUGUUAUGAUGAGCCUUACACCACUAUAUGUACCCAUAUGUCUUUAAAAGUUGGUCGUCAUAAGUUCACUGAAGACCAAAGGUACAGGCAAAGAAUGUGUAGUUGCCUGCACAUAUUCAAGAGGGUUUUUUAGUUUCUGUCUGCAGAAACACUGGCCUGGCUAAUGCAACACAGAUGUUGCUGAUUUAGGAGUUUGCAGGCUGGGGAUUUUUUGACUGUCAGUAUUUCCUUAGUCUGUCUUUAACAGUCACUGCCAAGGAGGAAGGGGGUGGGUGGGUGGGGGGCGGGCGGGGUAGGGCUCCACUGGCACCAGGCCAUGUGACCUACAUUAGUGAGCCCCACCACUAUUUAUGGGCUCUUUUUCUUUCAGAGGUCUGCCUGAAAAACUUUUUUCCUGUGGGAUUUUGGUUGAUUUCCCUUCCCCUCCUUGUUUCGCUGUAGGCACGCUCAGUGUGGACUCGUUGUUUAUACAUCUGAUUCCCUGUCUGGGUGUGCCAUUGUUCAUGAUCUGUGGUGCUUGAAGUGUUUGAAAUGAUUGGAAAGUCGAGAAACAUGUACCUAAUUUUUAACUCUUGACAAUUCGCCAGGCUUCCCUGCUGUUUGUUCUGGCUUGUAUCUGUUUUUGCCUUUGCACCUUGUGUGGUGACUGCCUUAUUAGCUUUCCUCUCUGUUUGUUUGAAAUAACAAAGUUUUUGAAGUUUAAAAGUUUUUGAAAGGUUUUUUGAAAAUGUUUCUUUAAUACUUUAACAUUGUUUUCUUGUUGCUAAAAGAAUCAUGCAGGACAUGUAUGGCUUUUGCACAGAUACAUGUAUCAAUUUGUUGCUUCUUCGUAAUAAACACAGCGGUUAGAGUCUG